AUGAAGUGCGAUGAGACUCGACCAAGAUGCGUCAACUGUACGAUGGUGGACCGCACAUGUGUAUUCCCAUACGCUGCAGAUCCAGGGUCUGUAGCAAGUUCUACACGCGGUGAUGAAUCCAUGCAGGACUCCGUGCUGUCAGAUGCCGGGACCUCGAAGCCGGAUUCGCCGUACGGAUCUCCGACCGGGAGGAGCCCCGCUAUCAUCCCGACUCCGGACUUGGCCCAUCUGAUCGUGUAUACCGGCGACAUGGGCCAGCCCGCUCCCAGUCUAUCGGACAAUAUGAUCAACAUGGCGCACAUGAGAUUCCUGGUGCACUUUUCUCUAGCACUCGCCGUGCCCGAACUCGACCCGAGUCUUACCGAACGAAAUACCCAACUCAUCCUCAAGACAGGGUCCGAUGCCCCGUACCUCAUGCACGAGAUCCUUGCCCUGUCAGCUCGGCAUAUGUCGAUCCUUGAGCCAGAAAACGCAAUGGAAUUCCUACACGACGCAGUUCAGCUACAAACAAGAGCGAUUUCAUUAUUCAACGCUCAAAAGGCGCGGAUAGACGAGCCCAGCUGCGUCCCCUUGGUCCUGUUCUCCGCCAUCCUUGGCCGUCAUCUGUGCAUCGACGCACUUGCAUUCCGCAGCACCAGUCUGGAUCCGUUCAUUGACUGCUACGUGAACUUUGCCAGGAUCCGAAGAGGCGUCAGGGUAAUUCAUCCUGGACUUGAUAUCUACAUCACCAAACAUUUCGCCCGCUGA